UCAUGUCUUUUUGCUCAGUGAAAUUUUAUCUAGUCAAUUAUGGUCUUGUAAAACCAAGGAAUAUUGAUCCUAUAAAACCAACCCUUCAAUCGAUAAUGUUACGCUGACAACAGGUGCAGACGACGUGCCGUGAAUGUUAAGUUGAAGAGCGCCUCCAAUAGGCGACAUCGGGAAGGAGCGCUUGCUGUGUGUGACAGCGAGCUACCUGAAAUGAGACGAUUGCAGAAGACUUAAGAGGAGUGCUGGCGAGUCGGUCGACUGCAUACGUUUUCCCCACUGUUUGGCUUAAAUUCGAUGUCUUUUAAUUCAAAUGCUUCGCAGGUUUGUUAUUCUGGCGGCUAGUCAAAGCUUGGCCAAGAUCAAGUGCAGAGUGCUGAUUGAUUGCCAUGUCUGCCUGGCAAGGAGACACCGCUUUCCGUUAUCUCAACACCUGACAUAUCGCCCUCUUUCAACUCCACCCAUCAUGGAGGACUCGCAGUCCAUAGAGCAACAUGACCUAGUCCGAGAUCUACUACCUGACCUCUUAACCUCCACAGAGGGCGGUAGAUGGUUACCAGGGAGGUCUCUGGUAAUGUCAGAAGCCCAAAUCCGUCGAGUCUGUUCUCGCUACAGCCAGCUUGAUGAGCCUGCUAAAGCCAAGUUUCUCUUGGCUUUAUCCCAGAUGUGUGGAAUCCACCACGAAAGCGUCUUCAAAGCAGCUAAGAACCUGCAGUCCGUCCAGGAGAAAGAAGAGGCUGUUCUGCUUCAGUCAGAGCAGCGACUCACUCAGAUGCUGACGCCAGGUUACAAGUUACUCUUUGCCAACAUCGCACGACUGGAGAACGGCAUCAAGUUCCUUGUGGAUAUGAGAGCAGACAUUCAUACGUUCUUGCAUCACCAACAGCAGAGCCUGUCCACUGAGGCUCACCUGAGGAUGCUCCAAGCUACACUGAAGGACAUGCUGUCUCACUGGUUCUCAGCCGGUCUCCUUCAACUUCAGACUAUCACAUGGCAGUCUUCCUGUGAAAUGCUCCAAAAGAUCAGUGAGUACGAAGCAGUUCACCCAGUCCGUGGCUGGGCUGACCUCAAGCGGCGAGUUGGUCCGUACCGACGCUGCUUCGUCUACACCCACAGCAGUAUGCCUCAAGAACCUGUCAUCAUCCUACAUGCUGCUCUCACCGAUCAUAUACCUGCGAGUAUAAAGUCCAUAGUGGGAGAAACAAGAGACAGAAAUUCCUCAAAACCUCCCCUGGCAUUGGAAGAGCAAGAGGACCCAGGACGCAUCACAGCAGCUAUAUUCUAUUCCAUCAGUUCUACACAGAUGGGUUUACGAGGUGUGGAUUUGGGUAACCACCUCAUCAAGCACGCCGUCCGCACGCUACAGGCAGACUUCCCUCAUCUUGGCGUCUUCUCCAGCUUGUCUCCAAUCCCUGGAUUCCGGAACUGGCUCCUGGCCGAAAUCGGCAGACAUCACAAGGGUGAAAAUGCUGCAACGCUUUUUACUGCUGAUGAGCUCAAGGCUGUCCACAGCAUGGCAGGUCGAUCUGACGAAUCGCAGUUGGCGACGAUGAGACGAUUGCUAUCGACCAAUCAGUGGGCUCAGUUGGAAAAGUUAAUUGAUCAGUUGGAGCAUCCUUUAAUGCGACUGUGUGCAAGGUAUUUGUACACAGAAAAACACAGAGGCUUUGCUUUAGACUCUGUAGCCAAUUUUCACCUGGGCAAUGGCGCAGUGAUGUGGAGGCUGAAUUGGAUGGGUGACCCCUCGCCCCGUGGCCUGACAGCCUCUUGCGGCAUGAUGGUCAACUAUCGCUACUACUUGGAGAGCACCCAACAGAACAGUCAGUCCUAUGCCUUGGACCAGAGGGUGGCCACAACAGAGCAGGUCUUGGGCCUGGCGGAGGAAAGUCGACUGCUGGAACAGAAGAGCAGUCUAUGAUUGAUGGGUGAAGGUGUGCUGUUUGUGAGAUCAGUAGAUCAACGGCGGCAGAAUGAUUUUCAAAGGGGGACAGCAGUUGCGCGACCACCAGCCAUUAAUAGGCUGCUCCAUUAAGCCUCACCCCAUUGUAGGAUAUGCAAAAAGUGAUCGGGGAGGCACUGCCGAUGACUAGAGUGUGCUUUUGUGGCCUACUUACGAGAGUGAUCGAGGGCAUGCAGACUUCAUAUACCUGUUCACACUCAUCUAAUAAAAGCCCUUACAUAAAACAUUCAGAACAAUGCAAAACAAUUUUCAAGUCGUGUGCAUUGAGCUCCUGUAUGAUAUCUGGGACAUAAUACUUAAUGUGCUACAAUUAAUUUGAAGUCUUAUUUUGAGACAAUACAACUCAAAAAUGAAUUUAAAGACAUUAAGACUGUAUGCUAUUUGUUGAGAACUGAAAGGAAAUUUCAGUUCUGUGAAAUUUUUAUUUUCUGUGAUUACACAAGUCGAAUUUCAGAAGACUCUAUCAGGUAACGGGAAAGUAAGCAGGCUUAUGACUAUGCUCAUUGAACUGAAGUUACCUCUGGCAGUGUUAGUAUAAAGAAAUUUUAAUUUUGAAGGCCUGAAUAAUGAUGUAAAUUUCAUUGUAAAAGUUAAAAUUAUGGAGUGAACACCAGCUGUUUAUAAAAUACUGUAUAUGAUAGAGACUUCCAAAUCUGGUUUUGAAUCUCUUACCUUGUUGUUUUUAUUCAGUUACGAAGUUACGUAAACUUUUGGAGAUUUAUGAAGACUAAAUUUAUUCAAAGUGGUGUCAUGGGUUGGGCUUUCCUGCCAUUAACAAUUUUCAAUCGGGACUUGCAGCCGAGUUAGAUCAACAUUAUUUUUUGUCUUUUACUCAGUCAAACUGAUCCCUUAUGUAAACCCCAUAUGAAGCUCCGCCCUUCUUGGUGUUACCGGCAAAAGGAAAUUUCAUUUUCCCAGUCAACAAUCGUACUUUUUUUUUCAAAUGUAGGAAAUAAAGUCCGCGUCCAUCUCGCUGCAAUUAA